ACAACCCAUUGGAGCUGUGGACAUACAAUGUUGUUUUUUUAUAUUUUGUCUUAAUAUCCUUGGCAUUAAGCAGUUCUUAAGUGAACUUCUUGAUUAUCUGACUUCUAAACUAUAGUACUGUAUAAACAGUCACAGUCUAUAAAUUAAACCGUUCAUCCAAACUCCCAUGCACGGAAUACGAUUUGCAGAACAUAUUUGUUUGACAGACCAUGUGAUAAGACUAACAUUAUAAUGGCCUCAACAUUUUGUGAGAUUGAGUUUGACGAGCUGCUAUUCCUUGAAAAAUGUGGUGGGGGAACAUUCGGCAGCGUAUAUCGGGCCAUCUGGAAACCAUAUGAGAUGGAAGUGGCAGUAAAGAAACUACUGGUCCUUGAUAAGGAGGCCCAGGUGUUGAGUAUGCUCUCUCACCGUAACAUAAUCAAGUUUUAUGGUGCUGUCACUGAGGAGCCAAAUUACUGUCUGGUUACUGAGUAUGCCAGCAAUGAUUCCCUGUAUGCCUUCCUGCAGAACCCAGAGAACAAGCUAGACUUUGACCAGAUACUCAGAUGGGGAAAGGAGAUAGCUCUUGGUAUGAACUACCUCCACAGAGAGGCUCCUAUCAAAGUCAUACACAGGGAUCUGAAAUCUAAAAAUGUUGUUAUAUCCUUUGAUUUUGUGUCUAAAAUCUGCGACUUUGGAGCAUCCAAGUUUGUUGGAAGUACAGCCAAGAUGUCUCUGGCCGGAACCUUCCCAUGGAUGGCACCUGAGGUGAUACAGAGUCAACCAGUGUCAGAGACCUGUGAUACCUGGUCAUAUGGAGUGGUACUGUGGGAGUUACUGACCCAUGAGGUGCCAUUCAAUGGUAUAGAGGGCUUCCAGGUUGCCUGGUUGGUGGUGGAGAGAGGAGAGCGCCUAACCAUCCCGAGCUCAUGCCCGCCAUGUUUUGCGAAGAUCAUGCACCAGUGUUGGGAGCUGGAGCCCAAACGACGGCCAUCCUUUAGGCAGAUUCUCAACAAACUGGAUGUAAUACUGGAGGAUGAUUCAAUGCAUGAUGUGACCAACACUUUUCUCGAGGAUAAAAGCUUAUGGCAGUCUGAGAUAGAGCAGACGCUGGUACGGCUGAAAAAGGCAGAGAGUCAGCUAACAAGCAAGGAGAGGCAACUCCGCGAGAGGGAAAUUCAGCUGAUGGCUAGAGAAGCCGACUUUGAGAAACUACUACAUGUUGCUUCUCUGGAUUCCCAUGACGUCAACUCUUGGACAGAAUAUGAUGUGAGUCAGUGGGUGAAGCAGAUUGCUUUAGCCCACAACCCUGAUCUGCUGGUGUACAGUGACAUGUUCCUUGAGCAGCACGUGACAGGCAAGGUACUCCUGAACCUCUCCAUAGACCACCUACAUAACCUCGGCAUAACUUCGCUCGGACACAGAUAUGAACUCUCUACUGAGAUAGAGCUGCUCAAGGCACACAACUUCAGACUGCUCAAUUUUCCUCCACUAUCACAACAACCCACUAAAACCCUAGAAAAACACGAACCUGAGUUCAAAACUGCAGAAGUAACUCUGAUAUUUGGUCAUCAUCUACGACAUGGAAAGUCAAACAAGGAUCACAAGUGGAAGAUGUACCUGGAGGUGGAUGAGGAUGAUGAAGAUGAGGUGAACAUUCUCACAUGUAUCCGGGACGUGACCUUCACAUGGACACCCAAGGGCUCAGUCAAAGUCACACAUCCCCCCUACAUCAUGGAGAAGUGGUGUGUUGGAAUUGUGGCAGAUAUGAACAUAGAGUGUCUAAUUAAUUUUGAGACUAAGGUGAAGAAGCCCAAGUCAUGUAGAUAUGUACACCAUCUUGACCUCAUGGGAGCUAGCUCUGGACAAAAAGUGUUGACCUUGACCUUGAACCAGGUGAAAGAGCCAGUAGUUACCUCCCCUGUUCAUGGUCCGACCAGGUCCAUGGUGAAACCAUCCCAGAGUUUUCCCAGCCUGCAGGGAGCAUGGAGUGAACGGACAACGUUCAUACCCAUAACCACACCUGAGAAAAAAGGGACACCAGAUAUGUGGGCAAGUGUUGUAGCAGGAAGGAAACCCUCAUUAUCAGAAUUUCCUAAGCCCAAACAUGUUCCGGGUACAACCAUGACACUACAUGCCCCACCCAUCCAGUUUCCAUGGCAACAAGGCCAAUAUCAAGGUCAAGGUCAGACCUUUACUGCUGGACAGUAUUCAGGUCAUGUUCAAGGUCAGCCAUUUGUGACUGGUUCCCACCAGCAUAUGAACAAAUCUCCAUCAUCACCAAGUGCUAUGGGUUACCUAAACAACAAAGGUCCGGGUCAGUAUCAUUCACCAGGUCAAAUAUCUCCUGGUCAGAACUUGUAUCCAUGGUAUCAGGGUCAAGAUCAUGACAAUAUAUGUCAAGGCAAUCAACUACAGAGUACAUUGGAAGAUAACAUUUCACCAGGCCAGGUUAUAGCCCCUGGAUAUCUGGCAACCUCUGACAGCAAACUUACUGCCAGUAAUUUAAAAUCAAAAGUUACAUUUUCAUUGACUGAUUCUGCAUCUUCAAAGAGUACAGAAAGUGGAUUCAGUGAGAAUCUGGGAAGAAACACAGAAACAUAUGCAUCAGUGUGCACCAAGUGCAAAGCUGUGCUAGAGGAUACACACAACAGAGAUGAUAUUGACAAAAGUGCAGGGCAAGACUGCCAACAUGGAAAACAAAGGAGCAUGAAUGAAGGAGACAGAAGAGUUAAUAGGCAGGAAAGACAAUCACAAUAUAGAGGCACAAAGAAGAAUACAGAAACCAGACAUUGGCAGUACCAAAAUAGGACACCGACAGAGUUUAAAGGCCAAAGUCAGUGCCAUUAUGGUGAUAGAGAAAAAAAAUACUAUAGAGAUGAAGGGCAUUAUUAUAGUAAACAUGGAAAUGUUCAUUUAAGGGGUCAGAGGUCAGAUAAUCAAAGAGGUUAUCAUAACAGGUACAGAGGGAGGGGAAGAGGAGGGAGGGACAUUUAUCACAGGGGUGAUGUGGGUCAGGUGAAGGAACAAAGGAGUGAACCACUGCUGGACGGUGGGGAGAUGGAACAGGACAACAGGCAGAUAAGACGGGCAGUCAGCUCACCAGAUAAAACAUAUGGGAACGACCAUGUAGAGUUUAAGUUUGAAGUUAAGCAUGAAAGAGAUGAAAAGGGGUGUAACAAGAUAGAUAGUGAUAAUAAAAAAACACUCGAAUCUAGUGAUAGUGUUGACUCUUUUGAGAAGGAAAUGGUUGAUAAGAUGGAAUGCCUGAAUGUCAGCUCUAAGCAUGAGGCAUCUAGUCCAACAUCAGGUGACAGGUCGGGGUGGGUAUUUGUGGAACAUAGACAUUCCAAAAAGGAGGAGGUUAGUCAGAGAUACUCAUCAGGGUUUUAUAGGAUGAGAGCACACUCAGAUAAGGCUAUAGGGAUCAAUAACAAUGAAAGGGACUCAAGAAAAAGGGGCCAUAACCAGAAAGAGGAGUUUUCAGAAAGGGGACAUCGUGAUUGGGAAUAGGGGAAGAGGUAGAGGGAAGGUGCAUUUUGGAGGCAAAAGUCAACAAAAGCUGCAGCAAUAUAAAGGAACGGGUGAUAACAACAAUUCUUAAACUGUGAUGUCAUAUUUAUGCCCCCCUUCGAAGAAGAGGGGUAUAUUGCUUUGCACAGGCAUGUCGGUUGGUCCGUCGGUAGACCAAAGCUUGUCCGAGUGAUAACUCAACAAUUCCUGGACAUAUGGUCUUCAAACUUGACAUGAAGGUUGGGCCUGACCAGUAGAUGACCCCUAUUGAUUUUAGGGUUCAUCGGGUCAAAGGUCAAGGUCACAGUGACCUUUAAUGGUAAAAUAAUUUUAAAGCUUGUCCGAGUGAUAACUCAACAAUGCCUGCACCUAUGGCCAACAAACUUGACUUGGAGGUUGGGUCUGACCAGUAGAUGACCCCUUUUGUUUUUGGGGGUCAUCGGGCCAAAUGUCAAGGUCACAGUGACCUUGAAUGGUAUAAGGUUGUCUGAGUAAUAACUCAACAAUGCCUGCACCCAUGGCCAUCAAACUUGACUCGGAGGUUGGGCCUGACCAGUAGAUGGCCCCUAUUGAUUUUAGGGGUCAUUGGGCGAAAGGUCAAGGUCACAGUGACUUUGAACGACGAAAGGUUGUUGGAAUGAUAACUCAACAAUGCCUGCACCCAUGGCCCUCAAACUUGACUUGGUGUUGUGUCUGACCUGUAGAUGACCCCUUAUGAUUUUAGGGGUCAUCGGUUAAAGGUCAAGGUUACAGUGACCUUGAACGAAAAAAGCUUGUCUGUGUGAUAACUUGUCAAUGCCUGCACCCAUGGCCUUCAAACUUGACAUUUAGAUUUUUGGUGACCAGCUGAUGACUCCUAUGGAUUUUGAGGUCAUAGAGUCAAAGGUCAUGGUCAUAACACACUCUAUCCUCAAACUUUGAAUGGUCAUAAUCUUAAAACUGCCUCAACGGCAUCCAAUGUCAGUGACAAAUCAGCUGUCAUUUCGGUCCAUGCAUAUUUCAUUCAAUUGUCCAUAUAUUCCUGACAACAUGGCGCUCAGGGGGGGGGGGAUAAUGUUUGACAAACAUCUCUUGUUUUUAAAGAUUUGGUAUACAUUUGUAUUUAUCUUUUUCUUGAUAUUUAAAAAGAAAUGUUAUGAUAUAUUUGAAUAAACAAGUCUUAAAUAA